AUGCGAGCUGUGGGCGGAGGAGUGAGGAGGGAGCGGAGCAUCGGCAGGGAUGUGUCGGUUACUGAGAGCGGGACGUGGGAGGAUGAGAGGCGGCCGCCACGGCUGCCAGAGACGCUCAACUGCCGAGCGUUGGAAGAGUCUCUCACUCCCUCCUCUGAUGAACACCGACAACUGUUCCGUGAUGCAAUGAUACGAUAUUCCAAAGGUGACAUCAACAUGAGAGACGUUUAUUUUCUCUCCUGCGCAGUCCUGCUGUGCGGAGUUAACGGACGGCUUAUAAACUCCACGGAGUCUCCAGAACAGUUACAACAACUCUCCGACUCCACUUUAACUUCUGAACAUGAGAGCAGCCCGUCUCCCGGUGUCCGCACAGCGCGGAUUAAACGGUUCAUCAGUCAGAGGGACAUGGUGGCCAUCCUGGAUUAUCAUAACCAAGUCAGAGCCAGCGUCUUCCCACCUGCUGCUAACAUGGAGUAUAUGGUGUGGGACAAUGAUUUGGCCAGGACAGCAGAAGCCUGGGCUGCUACCUGUCUGUGGGAACAUGGCCCAGCUUACCUGCUGCAGUUCUAUGGACAGAACCUUUCUGUCAGGACAGGAGGCUAUCAAUCCAUCCUGCAGCUGGUCAAGCCUUGGUAUGAUGAGGUCAAUGACUAUGUGUUCCCUUACCCUCUCUACUGCAACCCCAGCUGCCCCCUGAUCUGCUAUGGACCCAUGUGUACACAUUACACACAGAUGGUGUGGGCGUCCACUAACAGAGUGGGCUGUGCAGUGCAGACCUGCUACAACAUGUUUGUGUGGGGAGUUGUGUGGAGAGAAGCCACCUUCCUCGUCUGCAACUACUCUCCCAAGGGUAACUGGAUCGGAGAGGCUCCGUACAGAGUUGGCAUUCCCUGUUCAGCCUGUCCGUCCAGCUAUGGAGGCACCUGCAGCAACAACAUGUGCUUUCAAGGUGUCCAGUCCAACUACAUGUACUGGUUCAAGUAACAAGUGAGAAAAAUGACGGUUAUGAUUGGAAAA